AUGGCAUUCUCUCAACCUCAGUGGUGCCAAGACAUUAUUUCUAGUUAUACUGAGGACCCUCUUGCUCAACAAUUGAUUUCUGAAUUGCACAUUACUCCCAACAACAAAAUUUAUUCUCUCAUAGAUGGCAUUCUCAGAUUUAAAUCCAGACUUUAUGUGGGCUCUCAUCUCAACAUAAGACAGAGUAUCAUUCAUUUUGUUCAUGCCUCAGUUGUUGGUGGACAUUCUGGCAUGAUGGGAAUAUACAACAGAGCUAAAGCCUAUUUUUACUGGCCUCACAUGAAAGAUGACAUCUUCAAAUUUGUGGAUUCUUGUGAUAUAUUCCAAUGUAACAAGACUGACCAUUCUUCUCCUGGGGGACUUUUGCAGCCACUACCAAUUCCAGAUAGAGCAUGGCAGCAUAUAUCUAUGGAUUUCGUAGAAGCUAAGGAGUUUAUGCACCACAUUUUCAAGCUUCAUGGACUACCCAGCUCUAUUUUAUCUGACAGAGACAAGGUUACUACUUCUGUUGCAGCAGUGCAAGAUUACCUCCAAGCAAGAGAUCACAUGCUGCAGUUACUCAACGAAGAUUUAUUACAUGCUAAGCACAGGAUGAAACACUUUGCUGAUCUCAAAAGAACUGACAGAUAUUUUGUUGUUGGUGACUUGGUCUUUUUGAAAUUACAGCCUUACAGACAGUCUUCAGUUUCCCUCAGAACACAUAUGAAGCUUGCUACAAAAUACUUUGGUCCCUUUGAAUUAGUGCAAAGAAUUGGUGAUGUUGCUUACAAAUUGAAGCUGCAUAUAUCUCAUGUGCCCCAACUAAAGAAGAAAAUUGGUCAACACCUAGUUCCUUAUCCUGCAUUGCCACUGGUGGAUAGUGCUGGUACAUUUAUUGUUACCCCAAUUGUUGUGCUGGAUUCCAGAUAUCUCAUCAGAGAUGCCACCACUGUGCCUCAAGUUUUUAUUCAAUAG